AGACUUUACUACUACUAAGGGGUGAUUUGAGGAUAUGACAGAAUUCUUCAAGGUGGUACCCAGUGGCUGGAGUUUGGCAAACUCUGGUAGUCUCAUGAUUCCGAUCUUCUCUGAGUUCAGACUGCAGGACAAAGGCCUCCCGCCCUCCAGCAGGAAUGGUACUCCUCUAGCCUCCUUCACUCUUCCUCCGCCUCUCCUUCCAGUCUCCUUCCUCAGUCAAGCAGUAACUGCCACCUGCUCUCCCCUCUUGCCCUGGUCAUACUCCCCUUUAAUUAACCAAGACCCCGCAGACCGCCAACCCCACCCCUGCGUCCCCUGAGCCCUUCCUGGAACUGGCCUUACCAGCAGAUUAAAGACGCCCCGCCACCCUUGAUCUAGGUCUCGUGGCCCUCGCUACUGGGUUCCGUCCCCCCCAGGGGCGGGGGAUCCUGUCGGCCCCGCCCUCUGACCCAUGGCCUGACCCUCCUCAACCGCUCCCAGAGGCGACUCCGCGCCCCCUGUGCGCGCCCCGCCCCGGCUGGUCCAGCCCGGCCCCGCGGCAGGUUAAGAGCCUCCCCAGAGCCCGCAGCUUCGGACAGAUGGUCACUCGUGGGGGGGCGAGCGGGUUUGGUUGGUUGUCAUGGCGACAGCGCAGUUGGCCUGGGCCCUACGGGCUACUGCAGGCGGGAGGCUGCGCGGCCCCCGAGGCACUGGGGGAGCCCGGAGGCUGAGCGGCAGCGCGCGGCGGCGGGCGACCAGGAGCGCCAGCCCGGGGCGCCGGCUCAGCACGGCCUGGGCACCGGCCCAGCCCGCACGAGAGGAGACCGAGGGCGCGGAGAAGGACGACCACCCGCCUGCAGCGGAGAAGCCGUCGUGGACGCCACCCCCUGCGCCCCCCGAACCUCCCGGGCCCGCGGCCGGCCGCUCGCUCUUGCAGCGGGACAUCCAAGCCUUCUUGAACCAGUGCGGGGCCAGCCUGGGCGAGGCGCGCCACUGGCUCACGCAGUUCCAGACCUGCCACCGCUUCGCUAACAAGCCCUUCGCCGUCGUCGAGGUGGACGAGGAGGUAAUCAAGUGCCCGCCGUCCGCAUCCAGCCUGGCCUUCGCCCUGGCCUUCCUGCACCGCAUGGACAUGAAGCCGCUGGUGGUCCUGGGGCUGCCCGCUCCCACGGCGCCCUCGGGCUGUCUUUCCUUCUGGGAGGCCAAGGCACAGCUUGCCCAGAGCUGCAAGGUGCUGGUGGACGCGCUGCGGCACAACGCCGUCACUGCCGUGCCUUUUUUUGGAGGCGGGUCGGUGCUGGGCGCCGCUGAGCCAGCCCCUCAUGCCAGCUAUGGCGGCGUUGUCUCGGUGGAGACCGACCUGCUACAGUGGUGCCUGGAGUCGGGCAGCAUCCCAAUCCUGUGCCCCAUCGGGGAGACGGCUGCGCGCCGCUCCGUGCUCCUCGACUCGCUAGAGGUGACCGCGGCGCUGGCCAAGGCACUGCAGCCCACCAAAAUCAUCUUCCUCAAUAACACAGGCGGCCUGCGCGACAGCAGUCACAAGGUCCUGAGUAACGUGAACCUGCCCGCCGAUCUGGACCUGGUGACCAACGCCGAGUGGGUGAGCACCAAGGAACGGCAGCAGAUGCGGCUCAUCGUGGACGUGCUCAGCCGCCUACCCCACCACUCCUCGGCCGUCAUCACCGCCGCCAGCACGCUGCUCACCGAGCUCUUCAGCAACAAGGGGUCCGGGACCCUGUUCAAGAACGUCGAGCGGAUGCUGCGAGUGCGCAGCCUGGACAGCCUGGACCAGGGCCGCCUAGUGAACCUGGUCAACGCCAGCUUCGGCAAGAAGCUCCGGGAUGACUACUUGGCCUCGCUGCGCCCACGGCUGCACUCUGUCUACUACUCGGAGGGGUACAACGCGGCCGCCAUUCUGACCACGGAGCCCGUACUGGGGGGCACCCAGUAUCUAGACAAGUUUGUGGUGAGCUCCAGCCGCCAAGGCCAAGGCUCCGGCCAGAUGUUGUGGGAGUGCCUGCGGCGGGACCAGCAGACGCUUUUCUGGCGCUCGCGGGUCACCAACCCCAUCAAUCCGUGGUACUUCAAACACAGCGAUGGCAGCUUCUCCAACAAGCAGUGGAUCUUCUUCUGGUUUGGCCUGGCCGAUAUCCGGGACUCUUAUGAGCUGGUCAACCAUGCCAAGGGGCUACCGGACUCCUUCUGCAAGCCAGCCUCUGACCCAGGCAGCUGAUGCUCACCACUGGCCCUGCAGGCCCUGGAACAGCCAGGGUGGACCAAAAGCCAUGCCUGCCAGAGGUGACCCCAGGCAGCCACAGGCUGGACCAGGCUUGUUGGCUGAGUGAUCUGCAGAGGAGGCAGCUCCUACUCUACUCUGCCCAGAGGGGUCGCCCAAGUGGGGACAAGCACAGGAAGGAGAAGGGCCUGCCCCAGACCCCUACUUGCUCCAAAGCCACAACCAGGUAGACAGACGGCCUUCAGUUUUCAGUCUAGGGAUUUGAGGGGAGGAGGGCUUGCCUUCAAGGGCUCUACUCAGGGCUAACCUUAAGGGUGGGCCAGUUCCUGUGGCCUCUGUGCUAUUUUGAGGCUCCUUUUCCCAAAAUAUCACCCCUGUCUGCCUGAUAUACCGCCACUCAUUUUAAUUCCUUUGGGUCUUGCAACUUAUCAGGAGGCCUUGAUUAAAACACAAAUACUUGUCUG